CUAACAGAAAGCAAGCGCCCUCUAUUUAAAUCCAAUGCUGACAGUUAUCAGCUGUUUCAGUAAACAAAAAGUAGCAUUUUGCGAUGGAUGCUGAAGAAAGUGGUGCUCCUCCAAAAAGUAAUGGUACAGAUAAAUUAUUAAAUAAUGAAGAUACACAAUCCUAUAUUUUUGAUUUCGAGAGUUGUAAUGACAACUGGUACUUUAUGCCAGACUCUAUUCUCUUGAGUAUAUUCUCAUUGCUUACUCCUAAAGAAGUUGUCAACGCGGGAUUGGUAUGUAAACAUUGGUACAGAGUCUCUCAGGAUGAGCUCCUUUGGAAACAACUCUUCUACAGAACUUACAAAAUAGAUCCCUCUGUUGGGAUAAUGCCAGGCAAGACUUCAUGGUUCGAUGAAUUCAGACGAUUGGCUUAUCAUACACCUCUACUGGAAACUGAAGUGCUGUUAGACCAUGCUCAUCAAGUUUUACACGUUAGUUUUUCGCACAAUGGCAAGAUGUUCGCUACUUGCUCUAAAGACGGACAUGUCAUAGUAUGGAAUAGUCAAUUUCCAGCUACGGUCAAAUAUCAACAUGACAUGAAAGCUUUUAGUUGGAAAUAUACCCAAUUUUCACAGUUUAAUUGCUCUGAUACAUUACUUUUAGUGUCUGGUGUACACUUUGGAACUCCUCAUAGCACAUCUGGUGAAAUCGCUGUGUUCAAAUUAGCCCCUGGAUUCGAUUUACAAUGCAGAGUUGGUAAUAAACCAUUUGACAUAUUCGGUACGUGGUACAGCGAGCGUUACCUUUUAAGCGGUGAUUCGCACUGGCUUGCACCCAUGGUGAGUUCAAGUGUCCUCUGGCUCAAUAAGGCGAAUCAGGAAUCGGCUAGUGAGCAUGUACCAAUAAUGAAUCAACUAUACAAAUUUUAUAAUUUCAAUUCUACGUCUAUACGUUCUGUGAUGGUAGCUAAUUGUUUAUGUCCUGAACCUACGGAAGGUGAACAGUCUGAAAGUCAACAGGCCACCUCAAGUCGAAAAGAAACUCAAGGAAGUUCCAGUCAACAAGAAGUUUCUUCGAUGUCAUUAGAUAAUAAUCAUCAAGAGGAGCCUGAAGUUUUACAUCAUGCAUCUUCGAGAUUACAAUACAGCACCUUAGAGGGUGGUUUUAUGAAUUGGAAACGAUUAGGAGAUGGUUUUGAAUACGCAAACCCGAUUAGAUAUAAUGAAGAAUAUAGACAGGUUGAAAUGGAACGAGAAACAACUGAAAGCGAUAGUGAAACAGAUGCACCUCAGUGGGAAGAUGAAAGCGAAUUAUCGGAAUUAUCCGAAACAGCUGAUGAUUGUGAUUCAGAUGACUUGGCAGAUAAUCCAGAAAAAUUUCUCAUAUUUACAACUGGAUCUAAAACUUAUACUCAUCAUCAAGUAGGAUUUAAACGGAUUAAAGCGGUGAAUUUUCCACGGAGAUUAGAUCCUGGACCGUCGCUAAAAGAGAGAAUAGCACAGCGACAACGCGAGCGCGAAAGACAGAAUUCUGGCUCACAUCCCGAGCCGAAUUGGCUUGACUAUGAAUCAGUGGCUGAAAGGUUUGAUAAGAUCGAUCAUGUCAUAGAUCUUCAUGGACAUAUUAUAGGAAUGGGAUUAUCUCCAGAUCAUAGAUAUCUUUAUGUAAACACAAGACCUUGGCCACGGGGUUACGUUAUAACUAAUCCACUGAAUCCUCCGCCAAUCGCUCAAGAAAUAGAUAUUCACGUAAUUGAUUUAGUUACUUUAAAACAAGUAGGAACAAUGUUGAGAGCGCACAAAGCUUAUACAUCAAAUAAUGAUUGUUAUUUUAUAUUCUUGGAUGUCUGUGAUGAAUACGUUGCAAGUGGUGCUGAAGAUAAACAUGGAUAUUUAUGGGACCGUCAUUAUGGCGUAUGUCUUGCCAAAUUUCCGCAUAAAGACGUUGUUAAUGCAGUGGCAUUUAAUCCUUGUGAUCCCGAGAUGCUUGUUACAGCCAGUGAUGAUUAUACUAUUAAAGUUUGGCGAAGUCGCGCCGCUGUUAAAGCAUUAGGGCUCGAUGAGAAUGCAUAUCGACGGGGAUUAGAGGUACGAAAAAGACAUAGAUAUCAUCGAAGUAAUUGUAAUGUCGACUGAUUAAAAACUAUUCAGUUUCCUAUUUAAAUAUAUCCAUGAUUAAUAUGGCUACAAUGUACCAUUUCUAUUACAAAAACAAAAUACUAGAAAUUUAUCGAUGUCUUGCCGUAAAAAAGUGAUAGUAAAAAUUAUAAUAUUAAAUACUUUCAAGUUGAAGUUUAAAAAUUUUUAAUUGAAUUAUAAUUAAAUUAUACUGGAGAAGUUUAAAACUGGGAACUGAAUUAACUUGACAAAAAUUUAGUGAGAAUUGACUGUGAAAAAUAUAUAGGAAAAUCUAAAUAUAAAAACUAAAUUACGAGUACGUAAAAAUAAAUUAGUACGAUAAAUGUUGUUUUUAUAAGAUAUACAAUUUAUUUGAAAGGUUAAUGCAAUUAUUACUUAGUAUUUACAUUAAUAAUAUUAUUUUUCUUUAUUUUUAACAAUAUGUAAAUAUUUAACGCCCAAGGCGUGUUUUAUUUUUUUAAAUAAUUUUUAUUUAAAUUCAAUGAAUUUUUAACAACAGAUCAAAAAAUACGUACUAUUACUUGUUGUUAUUAUUAUUAUUAUUAUUAUUAAUGCUAAUAAUAAUAUAAAUAAUUUAUCAGCAUUUAAACUUUCGUGAUAAAUAUAUCAAGCAUCAUAUAUAAGUCCAAUAGAUGCAAAUAUACGCAACAAAUCUAUUUUACUCUAUUUAUUAAUUUCAAUCACAAAGUAAGCACAAUAAAGGGAUUCAGAGACAAAAAUAUACAUUUAAAUAAAACUAAAAUACUAAAUUAUCAUCUAAAUUCAUAAAUCACAAGUUAUUAUCAGAUAGAAUUUAAUUUGUAAAAUUUAAUUUUUAAUCGAGUAAAGGCAAUUAUUAAUAUAUUUUAUCAAACAAUUAAUUUAAUUUAUAGCAUAAUAAAGUAAAUAUAUAUGGCAAUUACAAAAAUUUAUGUUAUCAAAAAGUAAAUAAUUGCGAUUACUAACUAUGUAUUAUUAAUUUAUAAAUUAUACAAUUUAAUAAUA